GAACAUUUAUUGAGAUAGUUUUCCGGCGCGAAAUGUUACAUUAAACUAUCCACUUCCCAAACCCCACCUCAACGGCCAAAUGUCCAGUUUGACCUCAUCUAAUUCCCAGGUGGGAAGUUGUUAUGGGAACCAAAGUGAUAAGCGCCAUUCCCAGGUGCCGUUCCGGAGUUUCGUUUCUCCUUCAUCCUCCUCCCAUCGAGGUGCACGUAAGGUAUUCCUUCUUCCCUUCACACCCAGAGGCAUCAACGGGAUGACGAACAAAAUGGAGGAAACCCAGAAACCCCCCUUCCCCAGACUGGCAGCCCCGGCAGCCGAGGGCCGGCCUCCCCCUCCCAAUCAGGACAGACCCGAAAGCGGAACAAAGAAGCAGAUGAAAAGACAUAAAGGCUGAGGGUCUGGUACGCCUCCAUGUUGCCACGGGGGAAGCUACCGAGGCACAAUUUUGCUGGUUGGAAGCGUCCUCCGCGCCGACCGAAAGACCGUAAGACCCACCGGCCGCAGCAACCGCCCACACGGCCGCCGAAGAGGAGCUUAGCCGGCGGCCCCUCCCCGCCCGCGGCGCCGCCGCUCCGCCCAAGCAGGGGGCGGGGCGCGGGCGUGCUGACGUCACUGGAAGAAAGCGCCGCAAGAUGGCGGCGACCCGGACGGCUACGGUGUUCCGCUGCCAGCUAUGCCGCCGCAGCGCCUUCGCAGGCCGCCGGAGCCACCUGUACAGCGCGGGGCACCAGCGGCGGCUGCGCUCGGCCCUGGCCCGGCUGGGCGAGAAGGUGGCGGCGGCGCGAGCGGCGGCGCGGCGGGCGGAGGUUCUGCCUUUCCAGGUCGGCGAGCACGAGCGGCGCGCCUGGUGCCCCUGCUGCUCGCGGGAGGUCCAGCGCCACCUGAGCCGCGGCGCGCGGACGGUGCUGCACGGCGGCUUCCUGCAGCACCUGGCCAGCCCGGAGCACGGGAGAGCCGUGGCCGCUUUCUGGAGGAAGAACAGGGCCGACCCCAAGCUGAAGGCCGACUUCCUACUGUCCGCGGCGGAGUAUCGGCGCUUUCAGGAGUCUCUCUGCAAAGCCCUGGAUGCUUAUGAAGAGAAGGAAGAUGUGGCCAUCCAGGAGGCUGCAGCUCAUAUCCGAAACAUUGAACAGAAGAGACGAGAGAUGGUCCAGGCCAUCUUAGAGCCACAGAGAGCAGACACACUAGGUGAUGGAUCCACUGUUGUCAACACCUUUACAGGGAAUUUAAGUGAUUCUCCUUUUGCUAUGGAAGAGCAGGAGCAGCCUGGGUCCAGCUGGAACACUUUUCUUCAAGAAGACCCUAGUUGUGCCAGCAGGACUGUGCCUGAGCUACAGUACCCUGAAACAGGGCAGCCCUUAACUUUCAUUGGCCACCAGGAAACAGGCAGGGAGGGCAACGUUCACACAGGAGCAAAACCUCCCUGGCUGAUGAAUGAAGAGGAGGAAGGUGAGAGGCAGAUUGGACCUUCCUAUGAAGAAUUCCUUAAGGAAAAACAGAAGCAGAAAUUGAAACAGCUCCCACCCAACCGUGUUGGGGCUAACUUUGACCACUUGUGUCAGACAGGAGAUGGUUGGCUUCCUUCCUUUGGGCGCGUUUGGAAUCAUGGUAGAAGAUGGCAAUCCAGACAUCAGUUCAAAGCUGAAUCCGGAAAUAAGCAGCCUGAGUCCAAAAGGAAAAGACCUCUAACCAGCUAAAAGGUCUGCAUUCCCAAGACAGCUUGGCAGAAUUCACAGCUGUGGAAGUCUUUGUGGUGGCUCCAAUAAAACUGAGCUCUGCUCUUGUAACCUUUAUAUCCUUAAGGAUAUAAUUGUAUUAAAAUUACAUUUAUUAUAAUAAAACUGGUAUUUAUAA